CCGUGUUGACCAUAACCACAGCGUGUCGAUGCUACGGAAUCCUCACGGGUUAUGGCGCCAGAGCAGAAACCAAUAAGCCUGUGAGAAGGCUGCCGUUGGUCCGGUAGCUGUAGAAUCACGCUUGUCCAUCGGGCGAUUUCAUCCAGGCGCCUCGUGCGACAAACGCACGUGCCAGGUCUGUGCGACGAGCGCGAUUCAGCACUCGCCGACCAUGUGGCCCGGCGAUCGCGGCAGGCUGGCAGCGCCGGCAGCUGGCGGUGCAGCCACGCCAGCAGCAGCAGCCAGCGCGGCGGCAGGCGGCGCAGCAGCAGCAGCAGCGACGGCGGAGGAGGAGGAGUCGAUAGUCCCGACGCUGUGCUGCUGCAUCUGCACGGAGCUCUUCGAGCAACCCAUGGUCGUCUCCUGCUGCGGGAACUCCUUCUGCCAGAAGUGUCUGGACACGGCACUUGCCCACUCUGACGCCUGCCCAAUGUGCAGGGCGCCGUUGAUCGGGGGCAUAGACCAGGUCUUCCCCAACCGCGCGCUGGCCCAGCUGGUGGAACAAGCCAGGAUCAUAGGAGUAACACGUCGGCAACGGCUGGCCACGUCAGCAGCUGUUUCUGCUGUUUCUGCCAACCGUGGGACGGACACGUCAGCACCUCAUUCUUGCUCACAAGCACAAGCACAGGCACAAGGACAAGCACAGAUACAUAUGCAUGCACAGGUGCAGGAACGUGAGGCCGAUGCACGUUCAAAUGCGCACAGCAACAGCGGCACUCAAGUGAACUCUCAGGACCCCUCACCAUCACAGGCGGAUCUAGAACGAGAGCCAUCCGCCCACUCACAUGCUGCUGCUGGUAGCAGUCACGGCUUCAGCAGCAGUGGCAGCAGUAGCAUUGGCAGCAGCAGCAGCCACUACACGGGCAGCUUAGAAGGCUAUAGAGUAGGUCCGUUGACCAGCCAUUUACAAUCCACCCCUGCUGCUCCCACUGCCAGCACACCCCCCCCUCAUCUCCACUCUCCCCAACGACCCUCUGCCAAUGCACCCGUAGUAGAUCCAAGGCAGGACCACACUGCUAUUUCAAUACCUGACUUUGCCCCUGCACAGUUAAUCUCAUCCGUCCCACUCUCACAGCAGAGCUUACAGCAGGGCCAAGUCAGCCAGCAGCAGAGGGGGGAGGUUUCGGCAGGAGCAGAACCUUCUGGGCUGGAUUCGAUUCUACCUGACCUGGUGGUGCGGCUGAGUGGCUUCGGUGCAGCGGCACGGGAGGAUGAGAGGCAGAGCGCCCAGCAGCAGCAGCAGCAGCUGGGGCAGCAGCAGCAUCUGCUUGAGUCUCAAGCGCAGCCCCCGCAGGCACAGGGACAGGAGCACCGCCACCAGCAACGGCAGCAGCACAGGCAGCAGCGGCAGCAGCGGAUACAGCAGGUACAGCAGCUACAGCAGGUUCGCUGCUGCCCGUCGCCCUACGCCAUGGCAGUGCGGUGCAUGCUGGCGUGUGGCGGCAGCGGUCGCAGUGCCCUGCUGGCCUUUGCCCGUGUGCGGCGCUGGUUCCUGGUGAACGAGCCGCGCAUCCGCUUCUCGCUCUUCCUCACCAUCUCUGCCCUCCUCGUCUUCUACCUGCGGGUGCAAGAGGAGGAGUACGCAAGGGUGACCCGAUACCCCUAAAGCCACAAGCGUGAGAAGCCCCUUCCUUAGCACAGCCUCCGAUACUGGUGGCGGUCUGGGCCUGUUGAUAAGACACUGACGGAAGUCUGUGGCACAAUCCAGAUUGAUCAUUAUGAGAAUGGCGGGCGUGGUGAAUUGAUGGUGAUGUGAUUAUAGUGACAACACUGUCUGUUGCAACUGCUAAUUUGGUGCGCGCUCGUGAACUGUUUUGGUAUCGAUUAUCCAACUCCACACGCAC